AGCUGGGUUGGUGGGGACAGGGGCUGGGCCUGGGCUUUCUGUCACUACGGGGCCUCACUCUCCACCCCAAUAAAAGAGGAGACACAGAGGGGUGGAUAAAAUAUCCUGAAGCCUGCCCAUCCAACCCACAGCCAGGCCUGGGGCUGGGAACUGGCUGAAUGGGAGCCCAGGCCCCAGCUGGCUAGGAGCAACCCCUCUCAUUGGUUUUCCCCACAUUUCUCAGCCUGUGGCUUCCAAGGUGUGGGCACCAUGGCCCAAGCCCUGGGGGAGGACCUCAUGCAGACUUCUGAGCUACAGGAUGACUCCAGCUCUUUGGGGUCUGACUCAGAGCUGAGUGGGCCUGGCCCGUAUCGCCAGGCUGAUCGCUAUGGCUUCAUUGGGGGCAGCUCAACAGAGUCAGGGCCGGGCUACCCCGCUGCAGACCUGAUCCGCCAACGAGAGAUGAAGUGGGUAGAGAUGACCUCACACUGGGAAAAAACUAUGUCCCGGCGGUACAAGAAGGUAAAGAUGCAGUGUCGGAAAGGCAUCCCCUCAGCCCUGCGGGCCCGGUGCUGGCCUCUGUUGUGUGGGGCCCAUGUGUGUCAGAAGAACAGCCCUGGCACCUACCAGGUGAGAGAAUGGGCAGGAAACCCACCUCCCUUUCCCAGAACCUCUCACCACACUGAGCCCUCACACCCACAGGAGCUAGCAGAGGCCCCAGGAGACCCACAGUGGAUGGAGACCAUUGGCAGGGACCUGCAUCGUCAAUUCCCUCUGCAUGAAAUGUUUGUGUCACCCCAGGGCCACGGGCAGCAGGGUCUCCUGCAGGUACUCAAGGCCUACACCCUGUACCGACCGGAACAAGGCUACUGCCAGGCACAGGGUCCUGUGGCUGCUGUGCUACUCAUGCACUUGCCCCCAGAGGAGGCCUUUUGGUGCCUGGUGCAGAUCUGCGAGGUCUACCUCCCUGGCUACUAUGGGCCCCACAUGGAGGCCGUGCAGCUAGAUGCUGAGGUGUUCAUGGCCCUGCUGCGGCGGCUGCUCCCACGUGUGCACAAGCACCUGCAGCAGGUGGGCGUCGGACCCCUGCUUUACCUGCCUGAGUGGUUCCUGUGCCUCUUCGCCCGUUCCCUGCCCUUCCCCACGGUGCUGCGUGUCUGGGAUGCCUUCCUCAGCGAGGGUGUCAAGGUGCUGUUCCGUGUGGGGCUGACGCUGGUGCGCCUCGCACUGGGCACUGCAGAGCAGCGCAGGGCCUGCCCAGGGCUCCUGGAGACGCUUGGCGCCCUUCGAGCCAUCCCCCCUGCCCAGCUGCAGGAGGAGGUCUUCAUAUCUCAGGUGCACAGUGUGGCCCUGUCUGAGCGGGACCUGCAGCAGGAGAUCAGGGCCCAGCUGGCCCAGCUGCCCAAGUCAGCACCUGGGCCACCCCCUCAGCCACAGGCCCGCCUUUCUGGGGCACAAGCCAUCUUUGAGGCCCAGCAGCUGGCUGGGGCGCGAAGGGGUGCCAAGCCCGAGGUGCCCCGUAUUGUGGUGCAGCCCCCGGAGGAGCCCAGACCCCCACGUCGCAAACCCCAGACUCGUGGCAAGACUUUCCAUGGGCUCCUGACUCGGGCCCGGGGCCCCCCUCUUGAAGGCCCCCCCAGGUCCCAUCGAGGCUCUGCCUCCUUCCUGGACACCCGCUUCUGAGGCUUCUACUCUGAGGGUACCAUGGAUUCAGCAUCCCCCAAUCUUGAUCAGGUGAAUGGCUGAUGUCAGCCCUGCAAACAGGCACUGCACUUUACUGCUGAGGUCUGGGGACUAAGCUCCCUUCCCAGCAAGUCCAGGCAGUGGGGGAGGGGAGUCCCCCAAUGUUACAGACUGUGUCAGGCACAAAGAUGAAGGGAGAUCAGAGUAGGGCUUGUGGGGACCCAAGCCAGACACCUGCCCAUGGAGCCUCCCUGGUGCCAGGACCCUUGCAGACAUCAAAGCCAGCACUGAAGGAGUGGGAUGGAGAGGCGGCUGGGUGGGCUGCCAGCCUCCAAAGAGCUUCUGGAAUAAAGUCUGACC